GACGCCGCCAGUGCGCAUGCGCAAACUUACACGCACAGUUCAAAACAACUGAGUCUGUGAUAUUUGUAAUUAUACAUUAUAAACAUCAAACAAACAGUCGUAUUUAAACUCGACACGCCUUAAGCAACAACCUUUUCCUCUCCGGAAGCUGAACUAUAAAGCAGGCUGAAUGUGGGAUGGACACGUACUCCGCUGUGAGAGACGAUCCAUCUGAUGCCGCCAGACUACAGGAGAGACACUAUUACCUGCUUUCAGAGCUGCAGACGCUCGUCAAGGACCUGCCCAGCUCGUUUCAGCAGCGUCUGUCCUACACCACGCUCAGUGAUCUGGCUCAAGCGCUCAUCGACGGGACGGUGUAUGAGAUAGUUCAAGGGCUGCUGGACAUUCAACACCUGACCGAGAAAAACCUCUACAACCAGAGACAGAAACUACACAGCGAGCACAGAGCUCUCAAGCAGGAUCUGGUUCGGAAACACAAACAGGCUCUGCAGACGUGCAAGUCUCACAAUCUGGCCGUCCUGAAAACCAACCAGAGAGCGGAAGCUGAGGCUCUGGAUCAGCGGGUGAAAGAAGAGCAGAGGAUGAUGGACGAGAAGGUCGUGGCUGAGAUGGAUCAGAAGGUUCUGGAUCAGCAGAACACGCUGGAGAAAGCAGGCGUGCCGGGUUUCUACAUCACCACCAACCCACAGGAGGUGAUGAUGCAGAUGAAUUUGCUGGAGCUGAUCCUGAAGCUGCAGCAGAAGGAGACAGUAUCUGGAUCUCUGCCCUGAGGACGUGAAAGAACCGGACACGAGUCGAGCUUCUCGGGUUCAACAUGAAAUAAUCGUGGAUGAGCUGCUUUGACUGCAGCAGGACGCUGGACCUUUAAAAGUAUUGAUUACAGUCUCUUUUAAUUGAUGAUGAUGGGCUGGAAACGUCUAGAACAUGACGAUGGACGACACUGAAGACGUGCCCACCGCUUUUCUUUUGACAUUAAAUAUUGUUUUGUAAAUAUACAGUAUGUCAAAUUUGGAACUUUUGUUUUUUGUUGCAAUUUUUGUUUGCACACAUUCUUGCGCUGUUAUGAUUUGUUACAUGUGAAGGAACUAUAUUUGUUUAUUCUUGAAUAAUUAUUAAAAAUGACAGUCUGUGUUUCUCUAAACAUGAUUUGCAUCAUUAAAUCACAAAAACUGA